AUGCCGAGACUCAUUGUGGAUGAUGCUACGUUAUCAGAUGAUGGCAAAUGGGGAGCCGCUUCGACACUCAACAUUCCACUUGAAGGAUCGCGGCACAUGAUUCAAAUCGACAAGGUUGGUGGCUGUGGCAAAGGAAUACAUGAGGAUCGUACAUGGCGCUUUGGAUACGUGACGAUUGUCAAUGGAUAUGGAUCAUUUCAAGAGAACAAAAAUGUUGAGAUCAAUCAUGAGCAUCAGGCCCGGCACGGCAGCCGUUCUGAGUACUUGAUUGAACGAUGGAAAGCAACAAUGAAACCACAAGCAAUGGACAACAAUGGCCUCGCAGUAGCCGAUAUCGAGAUCCAUCCCAACAUUAUCUACAUAGUUCAUCCAUUGUGUCUCACCACCCACACGACAUCUGUACUCUUGGCUCUAUUGAAUGAAAUGGAUCAUACGUGA